AUGUCAUUGCCUAUUCCUGGACCGAAAUCACCUGGUAAGGAAAUAGAUGUGUACUUGAGACCAUUGAUUAAUGAGCUAAAAGAGUUGUGGGCGGAUGGUGUAAUCACUUAUGAUGCUACUACCAAGCGUACUUUCAGAUUACACGCGUCGGUAUUAUGGACUAUGAAUGACUUUCCUGCCUAUGGAGAUUUGUCUGGUUGGGUCACAAAGGGGUACAUGGCAUGUCCUAUUUGCAACGUGGAUAAAUGUUCAAUGCGUUUGGAGAAUGGAAAAAAGAUUUGUUACAUGUGCCAUCGUCGUUGGCUACCACCGGAACAUAGAUGGAGAAAUUGGUACAAACAGUUUGAUGGUAAAACAAAAGACAAUGUGAAGACUCGAUUGGAUUUGCAAUCAAUGGGCAUAAGAAAGGAAUUACAUCUUAUUUCUAGAAGUAACAAGUUUUUUAUGCCACCUGCAUGCUACACAUUGUCUAAAGAAAAGAAAAUAAGCAUUUGUGAAUGGUUGAAGGCUGUGAAGUUGCCAGAUGGAUAUGGUUCCAACAUAUCUCGCUGUGUGAAUACUAAAAAUUGUACUAUAUCUGGUUUGAAAAGUCAUGAUUGUCAUAUACUUCUGCAACGUCUUCUUCCAGUUGUUAUUCGUGGAAACAUAUCAGAUAAGGUGUCCAAUGCAUUGGUAGAGCUUGGAUUAUUUUUUAAAGAGUUGUGUUCCGUUCAUUUGCCUCGUGAGGCUAUCCUUGGCGGGCCAACGCAAUAUCGUUGGAUGUAUCCUAUUGAAAGAUUUUUACAUACUUUGAAAUCAUAUGUUCGCAACAAAGCACGGCCUGAAGGUUCAAUUGCUGAAGCUUAUAUUGAUAAUGAGUGUGUCACGUUUUGUUCGAUGUAUCUUCAAGGGGCUAGACAUUAUGAAAUGAUAGGAUCUGCAGAUCUUAAAAAGGCUCAUUUUUAUGUGCUUAACAAUUGUACAGAAGUGGAGCCAUUCCUACGUGAACACAAGGAAGAUCAGAGUCAAGAUCCUAACCAUGUAAUGGAAUUUACUGAAUGGUUAAAGGAUUGCGUCGUAGUAUGUACUGAUGAUCUUUUUUCCUUAGCUUGUGGCCCUGACUCAAGAGUAAAUCGAUAUAUAGGCUGCAUUGUGAAUGGAAUUAGGUUCCAUACGAAGGAUAGAGAGAAAAAUAGAAAAACACAAAAUAAUGGUGUGAUAGUUAAAGGAGAAGACAUUGAUUUUUAUGGUUGUUUAACAGACAUCAUUGAAUUGUCUUAUGAUAAGAAAAGACAAUUAUUUUUAUUCAAUUGUGAUUGGUUUGAUGUUAGGGCUGGAAUUCAUAAAGAUCAAUAUUUCACUAGUGUCAAUCUCUCCCGUAAAGCUUAUAAUGAUGACCCAUUUGUGCUAGCUGACCAAGCAAAUCAAGUUUUGAACCUCAAGGACAAUAAAUUAAAGGGUCAAUGGGAAGUUGUGCAACAGAUUAAUCCUAGAAACACCUACGAUGUUCUAGAGAAGGAUAAAGAUGGGUUAAAUGAAAGAGAAAGUAGUGAGGAGGUUGCAUAUCAAGACUUUGAGUCUUUAGAGGUUAAUGGGGUUGUUUGA